AUGGACGGAGACCCGGCAGUCGCAGGGGAGCUGGACUCCUUUAGUCUGUCCUUUCCCCUGCCAUAUCGAGUCGCCUUCAUCAUAAUAGCAGCUGUCUGGGGAUGGGGCAUGAACCUACAUUUUCUCUACCUUGUCAAGAUCGACGUCCCAUCUCUGAUACGAUAUCCUCAACGCUCUUCAUCACAACAACUUCCGCAUCACCAUUCAACAUACCGUCUCGCAACCGCCCUGUCACUCACAUUCGUGUUCUCGAUCGUUACCUUCUGGGUCUUCUCCCACCGCGACCCGAAGCUUGUUAUCUAUUACGACUGGAUGCCCAUGACAUAUCUCGUCGUCCUUGCCGCUCUCUUCGUGAUCCCGUUACGCAACUUUGCCAUAUCCCACGGUGGCCGUGGCCGGUUCCUUCACGCGCUCCGGCGCGUUAGCAUCGGCGGUCUAGCGCAGGCGCAGGACGGCAAGUUUGGCGACAUCUUGCUUGCCGAUGUACUGACGUCCUAUGCCAAGGUGCUUGCGGAUCUCUUCGUGUGCAUCUGCAUGUUCUUCACCAGCGACGGGUCCGCCACUAAUCGCCCGGACCGCAAUUGUGGUGGUCAGGUCAUCGUACCGCUAAUCAUGGCGGUGCCAUCGCUCAUUCGAUUCCGCCAAUGUCUUAUUGAGUACGUGCGCGUGAGGAAUUCGCCGUACAAGGAGAGUGUCGGCUGGGGGGGACAGCACCUUGCCAACGCCGCCAAAUAUGCCAGCGCAUUUCCGGUGAUCAUAUUCAGCGCCUUGCAGAGGAAUCUGCCGGCUGAUCAGGAUCGCACGGGGCUCUAUCGUGCAUGGCUUAUUGCAGUGAUGGUGAACAGUUUCUAUAGUUUCUACUGGGAUGUCGCCAAGGAUUGGGACCUGACGCUUUUCUCGUCCGCAUGGGAGCGGAACAACCCUGAACAUGCGCUUGGCCUAAGGCGGAGAAUCAUGCUUGGACGGCCGAAACUCUACUACUGCGUUAUUGCGAUGGAUCUCAUGCUGCGAUGCACAUGGACUCUGAAGUUGAGCCCUCACUUAGAUCAUAUUAGCGACUUCGAGAGUUCGCUCUUUGUCAUCGAAUUUCUGGAGGUGUUCAGGCGAUGGGUAUGGAUAUUUUUCCGAGUCGAGACAGAGUGGCUACGCAACUCGACUUCGGGGUUGGGGGUUGACGACAUCUUGCUCGGCGACUAUCAGGGCAAGUAUGAUGAUGAGGAUUAA